AUGACUCUUUACAGCCUUGUGUCACUUCGCAGACGUACGUCUCUUUGCAGAUUUACAGCUCUUUGCAGCCUUAGACGUGCAUCUCUUUGCAGAUUUGCGACAGUUUUCAGACUUACGUCUCUUUCCAGCCUUACGUGUCUUUGGAUACUUACGUCCCUUUUCAGUCUUACGUCUCUUUUCAGCCUCAAAUCUCUUUACAGCCUUACGUCCUAUUUCAGCCUUACGUCUCUUUACAGCCUUACGUCCCUUAUCAGCCUCACGUCACUUUACAGCCUUACGUUACUUUUCAGCCUCACGUCACUUUACAGCCAUACGUCCCUUUUCAGCCUUACGUCUCUUUUCAGCCUUACGUCUCUUUUCAGCCUUACGUCUCUUUACAGCCUCACGUCUCUUUACAGCCUUACGUUACUUUUCAGCCGUACGUCCCUUUUCACCCUUACGUCUCUUUACAGCCUUACGUCCCUUUUCAGCCUUACGUCUCUUUACAGCCUUACGUCCCUUUUCAGCCUUACGUCUCUUUACAGCAUUACGUCUUUUUUCAGCCUUACGUCCCUUUUCAGACUUACGUCUCUUUACAGCCUUACGUCCCUUUCAGCCUCACGUCUCUUUACAGCAUUAAGUCCGUUUUCAGCCUUACGUCCCUUUUCAGCCUCAUAUCUCUUUACAGCCUUAAGUCCCUUUUCAGCCUUACGUCCCUUUUCAGCCUUACGUCUCUUUACAGACGAUCGUCUCUUUGUCUACAUCACUGAUCUAUCUAUCUAUCUAUCUAUCUAUCACAUUUGUGUAUAUCUAGCUUAUUAUGAUUCUAUGUAUCUGUUUUUCGCAUAUAAAGUGCUCACUAUCUAUCUAUCUAUCUACCUAUCUAUCUCACCGUGUUUAUACCUGUCUAAAACAAAAUUUCUGUUCUAUGUAAACAAUUUAAUUUAA